AUGGCAGCAGAGAACAAUCGGCACUGGAAGCCACCGUCGUCGUGGUCAGCCCUCCCGCUGGAACUGGCAGGCCUGGUGCUCCGCUUGCUCCCCGCAUACGCCGACCGCGCCCGGUUCGCCGCGGUGUGCCCACAGUGGCGUGCCGCAGCCAGGCAGAAGCUGACGCCCCCUCCACUGCCGCUGCUCGCGCUCCCUGACGGCACCUUCUACAGCCUCCCCUACGGCGAGCUCUUCCGCUUCCCCGGCUGCGGCUUUGCUGGGUACAAGAGCGCCUGCGGCAGCUGGCUUGUCUUCCCCCGCGACGAUGGGUGCUUCCUUGUCAACCCUUUCUCCAGGGCCACCGUGACGCUCCCUGCUCUCUCGAGCGUCCGACUCCGGCCUCCAAAUGCAGUCACUAAGUGGUCAGAUGUGGGAAAGGCGAAAUGUGCCGAACCUUUCUGCACAUGGAUGCAUAUCAAUGAUUCAGAGGAGCUGCACAUAAUUAAGCUGCUCCUGUGCUCGCCAAACCUCGUUGCUGCACUGGUCGGUGUUGAAUACACCAGUCAGAUCCUAAUGUGCCAGCCAGGGGCCUUGUCGUGGUCGGUACGUGCAUGCGAUAAGUGUAAGGAUUUUGAAGACAUGGCAUUCUACCAGGGAAAGCUCUACGCCAUCACCGAUGAUGAGGACCUCCUUGUGGUGAACGUCAGCAGUGACCAAAGCACCGGCGAUCCACAGGUUUCUCGGGUUGGAAGGGUCAUCAAGGCCAAGGGUGACCAUUGCUACAAGGGGGACCUCAGUGUCUACCAUGUUGUGUGUCGAGAGAACUCUGUACCCGUCAUGCCCGUCAAGAAGGUCUAUCUGGUUGAAUCGUGUGGCGCGUUGCUGAUGGUACGCAGGAAGAUUUGGUGCCAGGCUCCUAGACCUGGAGUGACCAGUAAAAUUGUUGCUGGAAAGAGCGAGUUUGAGGUAUUCAAGGCUGACUUUGAGCAUUCACGGUGGAUCAAGGUGUCGACCGUGGGGGAUGACCAGGUUCUGUUUCUAGGGCGAAGGUGCUCCAGGGCUCUGUCCGCGUCUCGGUAUGGCUUACUGGGCAAUCGCAUCUUCUUUUUGGAUGACGAUGACGAGCAUCGCGUGGACUACUUCUACGACAAGGAGAACACGUCUUGCAGCUCCUAUGACAUGAGACUCGGCGAUGUCUCUUCCCCUCAUCCAAUGAUUUCCUGGAAGCGCCGCAAAGAGAUGCGUCUGGCAGCAUGGCUAUUCCCCCAGGACUGA